GUGGUUAUUGCGUUAUCGGUAUCAAUGCUAUUAGGUUGAGAAUCUUAUCGGAUGCAAAUUGUAAAUAGAAGCUGUUUGGAAGAAGAAAAGGUAGGAACAUUUUAACACUUCCUUCUUGAUUGUUCAGCUUUUGCAAGAACAAGACUUAAACACCUGGGAGCUCAAACUUUCAGACAUGCCAUAGAACUGGGGAGAUAAAAAUAAAGCGGCAAAGCAGAUUUGCGCUAUGUGGCCAUAUAAGAUCUGAAUGUAGGAGCUGUAAUUUCUGACUUCACAAAGGACUGUAUAUAAUAGUCUCAUAUGAUAUGAUAUAUAUCUUGUGGAUCUGCCAGUAAACCUAACCAUACCAAGCAAGUAUAAGUAGAUAUACCAUAACUAAAUUUAAUAACAUAGAUCUUGCACAAAACAAAAUAAAUUGUUAUCAAUAGAAAAUUUUUAUCGGAAUAAGGUACAUAAAUCAUUCGAGUGCCUAGGUUUGGUUGACGGGAACAAUUCAAUAAAAGUGAACGUUUGAUCCAAGUGCUACUCAAAUCAAACAAAUUAAAUUAGUUUGAAGCUGAUUUCCGGUUUCCAUUUUUUAGAGUAUUUUGCAACACUUCUAAUGUUAACUUGCUUCAUACUCAACAUGUUGCAUUGGUUGGCAAUACUUGUACAUACAUAUAAGCACACACACGCCGAUACGCUCCGGAGCAGUGAGAGCGAUAUUGCUUAUCAAAAGCUGAUAAAGUGCAUAUACGCUGGGCUACUUAUCUGAAAACUGCCUUAUUCCGAUAAGGAAUGAAACCUGAGUGCGUAAGGUAGAAUGACGGUGGAUUCCACCUGUGCGCGAAUCGUUGUAUUAGUCAUUUGUCUGCUUCGAAUAACGACGAAAGUUUAAUAACGAAAAUAAACACAAUUUAUUCUGUUCCAAUAUUAAUAAUUAACGAAAAAUCGUAUAAUUAAGUGCUAUAGCAAUAAUAUUUAGUUUGAAUUUUCGUGUGUGCGUCAGUUUGUUUGAGAUGGCUAUUUUAAACUAAAUGCGAUAUCGGAGCAAAGCAAGUGUAAAUGAACAGAUUAGAAAAGGCAUAUUUACCUCAUGCUUUGUUUUAUAUCAGACCUAUAGUAGAUGCCUUCAAAAUGACGGCGGGUGCACGUAGUUCGGACUUAUCGCAAAUAGCCGUGAACGCCAAUAAUAUACCAAACGAUAGUGUCGAUUGUGGUGUAAAAUUAUUUGGCUGUUGUAAUGGCCCCAGUUGCCUUAAAUUGGCACGAUUACGUAUCUUUGUUGUGGUGUUGGCUUGUGCUGGUUCAAUACAGGGUGCUUGUGAGACCUACUUUCGUAUAUCAGCAAAAAGAGCAGCACUAGAAUAUGAAUAUAAUCCAAUAAUUGUUGAUUGGCUUAUUGUUAGCAGUGGUAUAUUUCAAGCUUUAUUUGCUUUGCUAUUCGCACAUUGGGCGCUUAAGAGCCAUUCAAUAAAGUGGCUAUCAGGCACAAUUAUUGCGCAGUCGCUCGUCUGCGUCAUCGCUGUCAUACCUGCCAUAAUUGGCUUUUUUAGCUCUAGCGGUGCGGUGGCCCCCAUUGACACUAUAGUUACAAACCUCUGCAGCAUAACUCCAUAUCAGAAGAGUAUUCUCACCGCACAACAAGCUCAGCUUAGCACGCUCAUAUUGCUCUUUGUGCUGCAAUUCGCACUCGGCUUUGCCAAUUUGGCAUUCUACAUAAUCGGCACCACAUACUUGGAUGACAAUUCAGCUUCGAUUGAUAGUCCGGCUGUGUUAGGAACCGCCUUGGCGGGACGCAUAUUUGGCUUACAAGUUGGCUCGUUUAUUGUGCUUGGUGUUGGCGCCACAACGCUUGGCUGGUGGUUGGGUUGGCUUAUCUUAGCACCUUUAGUUUUGUUAAGCGGCAUAUUAUUGGGCCUAUUUCCGAAACGUCUGCCGAAAACCGUUAUACAUCAUGCAGCUCAACGCAUUAUUGAAGAGACGCAAACACGCACAUUUGGCAGUCAAUUCUCCACCUAUAUUGAUGAUGUGGGCUUUGGGCCCUCACUCAAACGCAUAUUCACCAAUAAACUGCUAAUGUGCAAUCUUCUGGGUAUAAUGUUCAUUUUCUCGGCUUAUGUAAACUUUGAGUUGCAAGAAGAGUCGUAUUUGCAAUCACGUUUCUUUCUGCCAUAUAGCGAAGAGGAUGGUUUGUUGCAGGAAUGGGAAGCGCGAUUUGUGGCUUACUUUCUGAGGCCACCAGUAGCAGCGGUGGGAAUUCUGGUACUGGGACUUAUUAUCUCCAAACUGAAAUUAUCAGGCAGAGCCAUAACUGGGGUCAAUAUUGUUUUCGGUGUAACUUUGCUGGCCGUUUUCAUUGCGAAUAUAUUUAUCAAGUGUGAUGUUGGUGACAUUGCUGGCGUCACGCAGGGCAAGGUAUUGCAGCCAUUCUGUUCCAAACAGUGUACCGGUAUUUGCAAGGCGAACACCUUCCAGCCCGUCUGCCCCGAAAACUCAACGGUCACAUAUUUUUCGGCAUGUUACGCUGGUUGCACAGGCACUAAAAGCAUUAACAAUGUUUUGCUUUAUGAGGGCUGUACUUGUACAUCGAACUACAAUGCUGAAUCGCAAGUAAAUCUGCGUGCAACAGAAGGCGCUUGCAGUUAUGUCAACUGUCAGCGAAUGUUGAUCGGGUUUCAGGUACUAAGUUUAAUAGCUGCCGCUGUUUUGGGUGCCAGCAUCAUAGGCAAAGUCAUUAUUACUCUGCGCAGCGUGCUACCACAGGACAAAGCCCUGGCAUUGGCCACCCAACUAACACUUUGUGGCAUAUUCGCUUACAUACCAGUGCACAUCGCCUACGAUAUGGUCACAAGAUACACUUGCGUCUACUGGACACCGGAGUACAAGCGUUGCCUGCUGCGCGCGACGCCAAAACAUGGCAAUAUUUUAAAUAUCAUUUCAGCAUGUCUCAUUUUAGUUGGUAUUCUAUUUGAUAUAUUAGUUUAUAUUUUCGCAAAAGGUCUCAACAUAUAUAACUGUAAAGUUACCGAUCCGAAUUAUUCACCUUCACUCUAUUCACCCAUACCACGUGAGGAUCCCCAUGCAGCUACUGUACAACAAACUACAGGCGGCAGUCCUGCGACUACAGCAACGGAUGCUUCACCAAUGCAACGCCGCGAUGCACCAACCACACGUUCUACACCAAAAUCUGAGGCUAUCACCGUCUUUCGCAAUCCCAGUUCACUGACCGAUUCGUCGGUAGGUGAUAAUAGUUUACAAGAGCAUCAUAGUAAUGGCAUUACGUAUGCUCAAGUCGUCUUCCCACCGGACAAACAUAAAGGUGACAAUGGCACCACCAGUCCCAAACGUAUGGCUGUGCGGGCCGAUGUGCCGCUGCAUCAUUUGUCUGCGCAUGAUGUUCGUGCGCAACUGGGAAAUCUCAAAUCAUUUAAUCAGGAUAGUGAAGAUGAUAACGAAAUUAUUAAACAAUUAGAACCAGAAAUAGAGGAAAAGACACCGUUAACAAUAAAUAUAGCUAGCGCCAAUGAGCAGACGCCAACGAAGUCUGUAACACCGACCGCAGGCGUUAAAGUUCUUCCGCCAAUCGCGCCGAAACCCAAAAAACUUGCAACAACACCGGAUACUAGACCUAUAGAAACAGAUUUAGAUAAAAUCGUAGAGCUACCAGCAAGACCUUUAAGUCCAGAAACAGAUUUCUAAUAUUCCAUUAAGUAUUAAGUUUAUAUUCAUUGAUUUUGUAAGCGCGCACAAAAAUAAAUAUUUAUGCAUAUACGAUUGAAAAAAAUUACAUGCUCUCC